ACACAAUCGUUACAAAAGUCAAUUGGGUUCCCACGAAACGGUGGGGCCCUUCGUGACCAGGAGAAUCAAAAAGAAGAUGGGAAAAGGCUGGUUGGCAUGUGUCUCGGUCUCGUGUUUAUCAUCAGGAAAAGACAAAAAACAACAAAAACCAGAGAAAGAGAAGAAGAAAUGGUCUGGGAAACAAAAGAGUAGAGAAUCCAUUGAAUUCUCUGAGGAGAGGACUUCUCUUAUUGACCCUUCAUCUUCAUCUAUAACUCGGCCGUCUCCUCAUCCUCCUCCCUUGCCGGAUGUCGCUCCUCAGCCAUUGUUGCCACCACCAUCCCCUCCUCCUCCUCCUCCUCUUCUCCAUCCUCUUCCGGCAUCUGCCAGCAGUGAAGGAUAUGGUGGUUCCAAAGAAGCAAAGACUAGACAAGCUCUGGCCCUCGCAUCGGCUGUUGCAGCCGAAGCAGCUGUGGUGGCUGCGCAUGCUGCGGCGGAGGUUGUACGUCUCACGAACACGACAUCCACAAAUCAAGUUAGGGAAUCAAAGGAGGAAGCUGCCGCAAUCAAGAUCCAAAAUGCGUAUAGAUGUUACAAGGCAAGUCGAACUCUACGCAUGCUGCGAGGAAUGGCCAGACUCAAGACACUUCUGCAAGGAAAAUACGUCAAAAGACAGAUGAACGCGAUGCUUAGCUCAAUGCAGACACUUACACGUUUACAGGCACAGAUUCAAGAGAGGAGGAAUCGGUUGUCUGAAGAGAACAAAGCUCGUCAGAGGCUCAUUCAGCAGAAGGGUCACCAAAAAGAACAACACAAGAAUCAGAGUUUGAUUAUCGCUGGAGAUUUUGAUUCCACCAAUAGAUCAAAGGAACAAAUCAAAGCAAAGUUUGUGAAUCGAAAAGAAGCUUCUGUAAGACGUGAAAGGGCCUUGGCGUAUGCUUAUAGUCAUCAGCAAACGUGGAGAAGUUCUUCAAAACUUCCACACCAGACGCUGAUGGACGCAAACACUCCACAUUGGGGUUGGAGUUGGAUUGAGCGGUGGAUGGCUUCUCGUCCGUGGGAUCCUCAAUCCAACGACGGUCAGGCCUCCCUCAAAAACUCUCUCAAGCCCGAAACCUCCAUCAAGAUUUCUCCAGCCAGAUCUAAACCUAGCCAAAAAGCUAUCCAGUGGCCGACAAACAACGAUUCCAAGGGCUUGAAGAGCGAAGGGACUAACCACAUGCACAGGCACAGCAUCGGUGGUGGGUCAUCUACAAAUGUCAAAGAUGGUGAGAGCGUUGGUAGCUCUUCGUCACGCAGAAGUUCCUUUGGUAGUGCGGAAGCUGGGAACUCCAAGGCUAGUGGAGAAACAACAAGGAACUUGAGUAACCCACAACCGUUGAAGAAAUCCAAGGCUAGUGUAGAAACAACAAAAAACAUGGUUAAUGCGCAAGCUACGAAAUCAAAAGCUAGCGCGGGAACAACACUUAACUUGGCUAGCACGCAAGCUUUGAAAUCCAAGGUUAAUGUCGGAUCAGCGAGCAACUUGGACUUGCAAAAGAAGAAGGUUGUGUCUGAUAAAAAUAAACCUCCGCAAAUGGUAUUGCCUAAGAAGAGGCUUUCGUCUUCUACUUCUCUUGGGUCAGGGACGAAGGUGUCCGGUUCAGACAAAGCAACAACAAGCGCUGCAAAUGGAGACAAAAAGAGAAGAAACGGUGGUAGCCGUUAACGUAAAUAAAGAUUGUUUUCUUUCCAAGGCAAAAUACAAAUGAGAGUGUGAAAGGGUUCUGUAUUUUCGGUUGUUUUCUUUGAGUGAGAGUAUAAAUUACUACUGCUCGUUUGGUUUUCAACUUUUCAUCUGUUUAAUUAUUUUCUUUAUUUUUUUUAGUAUAAAUCAUCUAUUUCCCAUCGAUUUUUUUUUAGUUAUAUUAUGAACGCAUUUAAUUAAAAACGUUAUAAUUUGAUUGGUUAUAAAAUGUGACAUAAUAUAAU